CUCAGGGUCCUAUCGCCAUCACUGUUUUGAACCGGAAACCUCAUCUGAGGAACCGCUCAUUCGCCCCGUGCAUGUUUUGCUUAACACAGAUCCUCCAAUCCUGAUACCGGCCGCCCGAGCGAGGAUUCCACCAACUCGAAACGCCUUCGCCGCCAGCGACGUUUUGUGCUUCUGAACAGGUAGCACAACAGCCAAAUCACGCAUAGCAACCGCGCUUCCAGAAGCAUACCAUAGUAACGACAUCAUUGCUCCGUACCUGCAUCCACCUUGCGUUGCCCACCCCCCUCCGCUCUCCCUGUUUGUAUAUACAAUCGAAACAGCACAUAGUUGGCCGCAUAUGCUAGCUCAUUGGAGCUUCGAGUAGAACUAUCAUAACCAUGGAGGUUGAUACUGUGUCCGCGCCGGCACAGACUGUGACCGAAAGAUUUCCUAGGACUCACGUCGACAGCCAACCUCUACCCACCGAUUCCAUGGUCACCGUCCCGCUGUCCGAAACCGGUACCGAUGCUUCACCAGCUGAAGAAGACGAUGAUGCUAGGCUACCGAAGAUUCUACAACCCGAACUCACAAGUGAAGAGAAAAGGUCAUCGUCGAGGCCUUCGUCCGCCGAAAUAAUGCAGGCGUUUGGGACUUCAAGGGACACAGAGGAGGAUUUGGACACAAGCACUCUGAAUAGCCCUACAAUCUCCUUGAACGAUGAGAAGACGUCGCAAGAACCUUCUGGGGACAGAUCAAGGAGUGACAGUCGAGGUUCGGAUUCCGACCGUAGUGCACACGUCGACUGGGAAGAACUCGAGAAGAAGGAAGAACAAGAACCGGAGGGUGAAGGGAACGACGAGGCAAUGGCUCUUUUGCUCGCACGACUUGACCAAGAGAACAAUGCGAUCUCCGCUGACCCCAAAUCCGCCGUACGCUCCGUCAUCAAAGGCUCGCGCGCCCGAGGGCAAUCAAGACCUCCCUCAAUGCACCAGCUCAAGCGUCUUGUCAGCGACGAAAGUGCCUCACAUGUUCGCUUUUCGCAACUUCCAUCUCCCCCACCCAUGACGGAAUUGGACUUCUGGUCCGCUCUUGUACGAGACUAUCCGCAGACUGUUCAGCGCCUGCCUACCCUUACAUUAAACAAAAUCCGUGGAGGAAUUCCUGCUCCAUUGCGCGGCGUGGUUUGGCAAAGUGCGGCUGGCGCAAGAGAUAAGCUGAUUGAGGAACAAUACGAAACUCUAUGUGGAGAGUCAAGUCCAUACGAAAACAUAAUCAACAAGGACCUAGGCAGAAGUUUCCCUGGUGUGGAAAUGUUCAAAGACCCAGAAGGCGAAGGUCAAAAGAUGAUGGGACGCGUGCUCAAAUGUUUCAGUCUCUACGAUAACAAGAUUGGAUACUGUCAAGGACUCGGCUUCUUAGUUGGCCCGCUCUUGAUGCAGAUGGGCGACAGGGAGGCGUUCUGUGUACUCGUCAGGCUCAUGGAAGACUACGAUCUACGAUCCUGCUUCCUGCCUGAUCUAUCUGGGCUCCACCUUCGCAUCUUCCAGUUCCAAAAACUGUUGUGUCUACACAUGCCCAACCUAGCCCGCCAUCUCGAGGACCUUGGGGUAGAAUCAGCCUACCUCUCCCAAUGGUUCCUCUCGUUCUUCGCAGUCACUUGCCCCCUCCCUAUGCUUUUCCGAAUCUAUGACGUCCUCUUCGCCGAAGGUGCCUCGGAAACUAUCAUGAGAGUAGCGUUGGCUCUUAUGAAACGGAACGAGCAGAAAAUAUUAGCCCUCGCCGAGUUUGAGGAUGUCAUGCAAUUGUUGCUAGGCCGAUCAUUGUGGGAUCCCUAUGGCUUGAACACUAAGUCUGCAGAUGUUUUGGUCAGCGACUUCGUUAGCUUUACAAAUGAUGUUACCAAGGAGAGCCUACAGAAUCUGGAAGCAGCUUUCCGGGAAUCCCAGAAGGGUACUUCCAAAGAAGUACAAAAGUCUGCCACGAGUUUCCUCGGCCGCUUAUGGCCCAUUUCGACAUCGUCGACUAAGAGUGUGAGCCUCAGCCCGGGACUGAGCGCCCCCAGCCGACCUGGGAGCUUUUUGCGACGUACACCUUCAAAACAAAGCCUAGCCUCGACCUUGAAUUCGGAGAAAUCGGAUACUUCCACCGGAACUCAGAGCACAGCGGCAACUGAAGUGUCACGAGGUUCUUCGGGAGAUGCACGGUUCACCAAACAAGGACAUGAAUCCGUGGCACUUUCGAUUAGAACUGCAGAUUCUUCCAAAGACCGUGAUCUCCAUUAUCAAAUCGAACAGCUAUUGAUGUCAGUCAGCCAACUGCAGCGUCAGAAUAGUGAAUUGGACAAUGCCCUUCAAAAACAGCAAGAAGACCGCAAGGAGGAUCACAGGAUUGUGCGAACAGUCCUUGACAAGAUGCGGCGGAAGACUUCAACAUUAUCUGCACCUACGACCCGCGAAAGCAGACGACGAACGACCAUUACCGCAGCAACACUUAGCCCCCCAUCGGACGAGUCCUCUAGUGAGCCAGUCUCAGAGGAAGUCAAAGAGGUCGCUGCUAUGCUUGACACACGGUUCCCAUCUCACCAAGCUCACCAUCGUGCUUCUUCCAUGUUCGAAACGAAAGCCAUGUUGAAGGAUUCGCUCUCCCGCACCAAAGAACAACUAUCUUCUGAAACCAUACGCGCCAAUUCGCUUGCGCGUGAGCUCGCCGAUGCACAGACAGAACUCCAGAUCUCCCGCGAUGCUUUGAAGGAGACGCGUCAACGUCUCCAAGAGUCAUACAACACCAACCAACGCCACGAAAAGACCAUCCAAGAACUCCGAACAAGUUCUCGAAAAGGAUCGACACCCUGGGCUAUCACAACGUCCAAUGAAACACCAGAGGCAAGUCCAACGCUUAGCAGAAGUAACACAGCUGAGAGCACCGUUUCAACGACUGGUGGCCUGCGUGAACUUCGUCUUGGUCGAUCUGGAAGUCAAAAAUCCAUUACUCGUCCCGAAUUCUCCAAGCGGUCUUCCUCGCUUGCUACGCAGACCAUCCUUUCUACAGAGAAUCAUGCUCCUGCCGAUAACGAGGCCCUAUUAUUGGAGCUUGUAAACGCAAAGACGGCGGAGGCGGUUGCGAAGCAGGAAUUGGAAGAGCUGAGAAGCAAAUUUGACGGAAUGAGGAAGGCAAUGGGGUUGAGCGGAGGAUCCAGCCCACAAUCAACACCACCGCCGACAAUUCGGGAGAGGGAGGUAGAGAAGCCGACGAUUGUCACCCCAGCUCCAAGCACCGGAGGCUGGGGUUGGGGUGGAUGGAAGAGAACAGUCAGCUCCAAUAACGUCAAUGCAUCCUAGUACGCCACGCGCGCAGGAGCAGUGACGAUAAUUUCGAGCUGUACGAAUCAUGCGAGGGCUUGAGCUGUUGGAGAAGAUGAUGCAUUUCCCGAAGGUUGUACUAGGCUUUGUUGAAAUACUUUCGACAUCGCCACU